AUGACAGAAGCCACGACUGUCUCUACCGAGACCAAUGCGCCUGCUUUGCUGCCUGGCGGAUUCCACGCGUUCAACCCUCAAGCGGACUUCUCGGACAACAAGGAGACGAACAAUGCGCGACCUCUUACGGAUGCGGUGAUUACGAUCCGCAUCAUCAAGUCGUUCGAGUUUCGUUCGAUGAAGGCAUAUGUCGCCAAGUCGGUCGAUCUGACCACGACCACCAUUUCGCAGCUCGAAGACAUGUGUCGCAAGGAGGUCACGAGCAACUCGGCCUUUAGGGCGUUUAGGAGCUUUGCGGAUAAGCUCGAUACGCUCAAGCUGUACACGCGCGCACACGGCUCCAAGACAACGAACCUCAUCAUCAACCUCGACCACCCCGAAUGGGUGCUGGAAGACGCCAACAUUGCCGGACUGGUGAAGAACGCCGAAGAGGGAAAGACGAAGACCAACACGACCCUCGCCGAAAUCGGCGUGGAGAACGAAACCGAACUCAGCUUCUUCAACCGCGAGGCGUACGACAAGUUCCUCGCCGAUCCAAGCACCAAGUGGGACGCCACUGGUUAA